UUAUAUGAUGAUGAAUUGGAAAAUGAAGCGGAAGAACUCGAGGAGUUUUUACGUGACUGAUUUGGAUUCGUUCUGAUACGCAGAUGCUUGGAGCGCGACGAGACUUGACGAUCCCGAGGUAUCUGCUGGUUCGUGAUACACCCGACGAGGAUCUCAUCAGGAGUGCAGCACGACUUUUACGAAUGGCUGGUAACAACGACAAUCAGGAUGGGAGAAGCAAUGACAUUCGGGAGCUUGCAAGAAUUAUUCAGCAGUCCCAGAAGGAUCAAAUCCCGAAGAUUGACGUUCCAUUGUUUGAUGGUAACAACACCUCGGGAUGGGCAGAAAAGUUCGAGCAAUUGGGAAGUUGUUGCGAAUGGUCGAAUGAAAAGAUGCUGCGAAUGGUGAAAAGAUACUGCAAGAUCCAGUACAAGGAAGAGGUAGAGGAGUUGGUAGAAGAUUCGUUGGACUGGGAAAAAUUCAAAAGGAAGCUGCUAGAAAAGUACCAGUUGAGCGAUCAACUGUUGGACUUGACCGAUUUGAGGAAGGUUAGUCGGAAAAGCUUUGGUACAACAAAGCAGUUCCUUACUGAAUUCGAGCGGGUGGCAAGGUUAGUUCCUGACCUUCCAGACAAGGAUCGUUGCCUCAUCUUCCUGGAUAAUUUCACGGAAGUGGAGCAGCUCAAAUUGGUGACGAGAAUGAAAGAGCGGUAUGAUUGGCCAAAAAUUCGAGAGAAUUUAUUGGCCGGGAACUUUGAUCAGAUCCUCUACCGAUUGCUGAAACAGCAGAAGGAGAAUCGAGAGAGGAUACAGUUGGGAACAGAUAAGGACAGGGAAGUCUAUAAGACCUUAUCUGACAUGAAGGAAAUGAUGACCGGCAUGAAAGAAGAGCGGUUGAAGCUUCAAGUAAUGAUGGCUAAGGCGAAAACUGGGAAGAGAAAAGGGAAGGAGCCUGUCACUGAAGAGAGUAGCAGUGAGAGUGAGAGCGAGGAGGAAAGGGAACCCCCUCGUAAGUUGACCAAGGCUGAGAGGAAAGCCUUGAACCAGAUACGAGGAGGGCAAGGUACUUCUCGUAAACAAGGAGAAAGCAGCAAGAACGAAGGAAAUGGAAGCGGGGAGCGACAGGAAUACGUCUGCAAAUAUUGCGAUAUGAAGGGACAUGUUAUUCGUUUCUGCCAUAUUCUCGCCAAGGACAAGAAGGACCAUAUUGUCUUCACGACGAUUCGAGGAGAAGUCUUUGACUUGGAGGGAAACCUUAUCGAUCAGGAUAUUGAAGGAGGAAUGAGAAAAGAGGUUUUUCGACGGAUGGGCCGUCCUCUUCCGGCUACAUUCCGGUUGGCUUCUCUUGAAGAAGCAAGCCUUUUUGAGUUGGAAGAAAUAAUGGCUUCUCUGGAGAUUGGUGGGUGUGACGAAAAAGAGUUGGAGGAAAAGAAAGAAGACAUUGCUCAUCGGGCGCGAGAAGUGACGAAGAAACUGGGCAAAUGUCAAGAUUUCAUUGUUCAAUUAUGUGUUAACAUGGAAGAAGUCUGGUCGAAUCUUCCUAAUGUGUUCCUUGUUGGUGGAUGGGGGAAAGAAGGUCAGGACAGGUCAGCACCUGCGGCCGCUUCGACACCUGAAGCAACGCCGAUGACACGACCAAUGAUGAUGUCCAGACCUGUACUCAAGCGAGGGAUGCCAACCGUCAUGGUGCAGACGAGGAAAGGAAGGAAGACCUCACAAUCGCAGCCUGCGCCAGGAGAAAGUUCAAAGGAACCUCAGGAAAAAGAACCUAUUCAGGUAGAAGAAGGGGAUGAUGAUGAGGAGGAUGAAAGAUUGCAAGCAGAGGAUAAACUGCUAGCAAAGCAGAGAGCUAUGGAAAGGGCGUCGGAAGCAGAGAAAACCCAGAUCGAGGAAGAAGAACCUCGUAAAAAGAAGAACGUGUACUCAAUCCCUAAUCGAGCAGAUGGGUUGAGUCGUGUUGAUUGGGACUCAACGACGGAUCAGGCUGAGGAUUCAGUCCCUGUGGAUGGAUUCUUGGAAGGAGAAGAAUCACACUUGAGUAUCAACUCAUACAAUUAUUUGGCGGAUGCAACAACCCGGCAUGGGAAAACCAUCUGGAAUGCUCCUUGUUUCCAUCAUGUGCGAUCAGAGCUUGUGAUUGGGGAACCGUUCAUUGAGGAAGACCCAUGGGGUGAAAGAACAUCAGAGCAAAUGAUGAACUUGGCUUUGUCUGAUGAAGUCGAGCUCAUUAAAGAGCCGUUGACGAUUGAGUAUGGGCAUGAGCAGGCUGAUAAGACUUUCAGGAUCACUGGAGAGAUGUCAUUCCUUGUGAAUUCUCUAAUUCACGAGGACCGCCUGAAAAUGAUGAAUGAAGAAGCAGAAGGCAGUGAAAUCAGAGAAGCUUUCAGAGAAGGAGAGUAUGAUGGGGAGUAUAAAUUAAUGGGAAUGUGGUUGAAUGAAACAUUGAUUGGGCUAGUCAUUAGCGUUCUAGCAUUCUGCUUCGCUAUCUUGUAUUACGUGAAUGAGCUGGAGCAACGACCCGUCGCCGCCCCUGAUGCAAGCUCUUCCAACACCUCCGACCGCCUUGAAGCAUUGGAGAUGGACGUCGGCUCCCUCAAGGACGGCGUGCAGCUACAGCAGACCGCAACGCAACAGUUGGAACAACGGAUCUGCACUGCCGCCAACCACUCGAGUUCGGAACCGUGCGAGACAGCUCCAAAGUUCGACGGGCAGGAGAUCUUCUCCGACUCGACGAAGACAGAUCCAAUUUCAUGGUUCCGCAAAUUCGAGCUCACACUGCAGCUACACUACGUCAAAGAACACAAGCACCACGCGUACUUAUACUCCCGGUCGGGGGGCGCGUGCCAGACAUGGUUGGACAAUCUCUUGUCCAAGUACGGAGUGUUAGCUGCCGACUUGCACACCAAGAUCAGCUGGGAUGAUCUGAAGGCGGCGUGGCACAAGCAGUUCCAGAUAGAGCCGCCGAAGAUCAAAGCAAUGGACAAGCUAAUGACCCAAGACACCGUCAACAGCACCAUCGCUCGAUGGAUGACUUUCAUAAACCAGUUCGACUUCUUUCCCGAUCACAUUCCCGGGAAGUCGAACCAUUUUGCAGAUGCUCUUUCACGGCGUCCGGAUCAUUGUACCGGGGUCUACUCAACCUUCGAGAUCGACGACGACCUGCGGAACAACUUCAUCCGUGGCUACCAAGCCGACCCUGAGUCUCGCGACAAGUACACGAAUUGCUCCUCUCCUAAUCUGGCGCCUUCUCACUACCGGAUCCAAGAGGGGUACUUGCUUGUCCACACGCGGAGGAAAAGCCUUCUUUGCGUACCGAGUGAUCCUCACUUGCGUACACGGCUUCUUGGCGAGUUCCACGAUGCUCCCGCCACCGGACACUUUGGAGUCAAUCGCACGAUUGGCCGACUUCGCGAGCGAUUUUGGUGGCCCGGCCUUCUCGGCGACGUCACACGCUAUUGCGAGUCAUGCGAGGUUUGCCGACGCUGCAAAUCCCGCAACCAUCGUCCGUACGGCGAGUUACGACCAUUACCGGUCCUGUUGAGGCGACGGGAAGCGAUUGUCAUCGACAUCACCGGCCCGUUCCCCAAGCACAAGACCGGAGUGGAUGGGAUUCUCACAGUGGUCGACCGACUCACCAAGUUCGCCAUGUUUUUGCCUUGUCGCUAUCAUGCCAAGGCACCGGAGUUGGCCGAGGUUCUCUACGCCGGUUGGAUUCGAACCAAGGGUUACCCCAAGGAAAUCGUCUGCGACCGCGACACUCGGUUCAUGUCCGAUUUUUGGUUGGCGCUCAUCAAGCGAUGGGGCUCAUCUCUCAAGCCCAGUUCAACUCGCCACCCUCAGACCGAUGGCCAAACAGAGAGGGCACACCAAACCGCACAGGUUCUCCUUCGCACUCUCAUCCGUCCUGACCAGAAGGACUGGGUUGAGCGGCUGUCGGAUGUCAAGUUGGCAUACAACUCUUCCAUCCACCCGGCUAUCGAGAUAUCGCCUUUCGAGUUUGAGCACGGCUCGCCGGUCACUUCGCAGUUGGACACCAUCACUCCACGAACGGUAGAGAGCGACGACCAUCUUCUUUUCUUGCGUCAGAUGCAAGAGCUACUUGUCAAGGCACGCGACCAGAUGGCCAAGACGCAGCAACGCAUGAGCCAGCAGCCCAAUCGCCAACGUCUUCCUUGCCCAUUCCACGUCGGCGAUCUCGUUUGGGUCUUCGCCGUGGAAUUCAGCCUUGAACAAGACAUCUCUCGCAAGCUCCUCCCGAAAUGGAUGGGGCCUUGGCCGAUCGUAGCACCCGCUGUGAACGCACCUGAGGGACCUUCCUUCACGAUUCAGGUGCCCGCGCACUUGCCCGUCUACCCAGUCUUUCAUUGCUCCAAGUUGGCUCUUUACACGCCAGCGGAACAUGACGAUUUUCCCGGGAGACGUUCACAAGACCCACCCUCUAUGGACGGUUUUCAGGAGGUCGGCGACAUCAUCUCCCAGCGACGCUGCGGCAACAGGCCAACCAAGUAUUUGGUGCAUUUUGCAUACUGCACACACCGAGCUGACCGUUGUUUGACCCGUGCGGAACUUCAAGCAACAGCUCCAUACGUUCUCGCACGCUACGAACGCAAGAUGCAAGGCAAGCCGGUCUCUUCGGCUCCACGCCGCGCCCACGUCUAGGUUCCGCCUUCAGAUCGUCAGCUUCGCCCUCGCCCCCGCUUGACUUCAUAAGGAAGGGGGGGUGCUACAUGCUGCGCCUCCACACGAGGGCCAUUUUCCAGG